AUGAUCGGCGAGAAGACGGCCAAGCCAAAUAACAUGUCGGUGAGAGGGUAUGAUGUGAUCGACACAAUCAAGUCUGCGGUGAACACGGUCUGCUUCGGGAACGACAUCUCCUACGCUGAUAUCUUGGCAGUUGCUGCUCGCGAUUCGAUUGUUGUGCUGGGAGGAACCUCGUACGACGUGCUCCUCAGCCGGCGCGACGCGACUACAGCAAGCAUCGGCGACGCUAACGGCAUCCAGACCCCGCUCAUGCACCUGCCGGCGCUGCUGGCCAACUUCCAGAGUUCCAGUCCCACGGCCUCUCACUACACGACCUCGUCGUGCUCUCCGGCGGGCACACGCUGGGCUACUCCCGGUGUCUCUUCUUCCGCAGCCGGCUGUACAAGAAGACCAACACGCUGGACCCGGCUGCUGGCCAACCGUGCGUCGAUCGAAGUGGUAUGA